GCAGUGGGAUCACGGGGAGCGCAGAUGGGGAAUCCUAGCCUGGAUGGGGCCUCUCCAGACGGGGAUCCCUGGGGAAGCCAGUGGGCUGGAUCUGCCAGGGGAAACCCCUGGGCAGGGCAAGGAGAAAGCCUCAGGGGGUGGAUCCGCGGGGUGCCGGGGCCAGCCAAGGAGGGCCUGGGCGGGAGGUGUGCUCCCAGGCUAGCGGAGAAAGGGAAAGGGGAGGCCCGAGGAGAACCGAGGGGCCAGGGAGUGUCCCGAGCAGGCAGGGAGGAGCUGAGGCCUGGAGCGCGGCCUGUCCCUCCUCCGCCUGUCUCCGUGCCAACUCCCCUUUGGCAGCUCCCUCUGCUUCCCAGCCCCUUCUCGCUGGUGCCGGAGCAGCACUCGGUCCUCCCAAAAGUGCCUAUCAGAGUGCCUUCACCUCUCCCUGCCCCAAUCUCCUGCUUUUCCAGCCCCAUAACUCCUCUCAAGUCCUUGUGUUCCUCUUCCCCCCCCCCAAUCCCUCUGCCCAGAAAUGUAUUUUAACUCCGACUGUUGUUUCCGGCCCACACAGACCAAGAGAGUCCCGAGGAAAUGGCUGCAGUGAAGCCCGAGAAGGGCGAAGGAGAUGCCAGCAGUAAUAGCAGUAACUCCUCCUCUCCUUCCCAGGAGUCCCAGCCUUCCCCGCUGGCUCUGCUGGCAGCCACCUGCAGCAGGAUCGAGUCUCCCAACGAGAACUCCAACAGUUCCCAGGGCCAGCAAGGCGGGAGCGGCGAGCUGGACCUCACGGCCGCUGCUGCUCAGAUUGCCCAAUCCGCCAACGGUUGGCAGAUCAUAUCCACUGGCUCCAGCACACCGACUCCUUCCAAGGAGCAGGGCGCCAACGGCAGCAAUGGCAGCGACUCAUCAAAAAGCCGGCCCGUGAGCGCGGGGCAAUCCGUGGUCCCGGCCGCCUCCAAUCUGCAGAACCAGCAGGUGCUGACGGGCCUGCCAGGUGUUAUCCCAAAUAUCCAGUACCAGGUCAUUCCCCAGUUCCAGACCAUUGAUGGGCAGCAGCUCCAGUUUGCCACCACCCCUGCCCAAGUCAAUGUGCAGCAGGAUGCCUCUGGCCAGCUGCAGAUCAUCCCCGGCACGAACCAGCAGAUCAUUACUAGCCGAGCCGGGACGGGUAACCUCAUCGCCAUGCCAAACCUGCUGCAGCAGGCUGUCCCCAUCCAGGGUGUGGGCUUAGCCAACAACACCCUCUCAGGGCAAACCCAGUACGUGGCCAAUGUCCCCGUGGCUCUGAACGGCAACAUCACCUUGCUGCCGGUCAACAGCGUGGCGGCUAGCCUGGCCCCCACCUCUCAGACGGUCACUCUGAGCAGCUCCGGCUCUCCGGACAGCAGCUCCCAGCCAGCCACCUCAGGCGCUGCCAUCAGCUCGUCCAACAUGGCCACAUCUCAUGCUAGUUCUGGCUCCUUUUUUACCAACGCCAACAGCUACUCCACCACCACCACCACCAGUAACAUGGGCAUCAUGAAUUUUUCCAGCAGUGCGACCGUGGGAACAAAUGUUCAGGCGCAGACGCCCCAGAGGGUCGGCAGUGUCCAGAAUUCGGACUCUCUGCAGAGCCAGGUUUCUGGGGUGGCGUUGCAGCCAGGGCAGCAGAAAGAGGGGGAUCAGAGUCAGCAGUCGCAGCAGCAGCAGCAGCAGAUCCUGAUCCAACCUCAGCUAGUCCAAGGAGGGCAGACCAUCCAAGCCCUCCAGACCACCCCGCUCUCUGGCCAGACCUUUGCCACUCAAGCCAUCUCCCAGGAUGCCUUGCAGAACCUGCAGCUCCAAGCGGUCCCCAACUCCGGGCCCAUCAUCAUCCGAACGCCCACGAUGGGGCCGAACGGGCAAGUGAGCUGGCAAACCAUCCAGCUCCAAAACCUUCAGGUGCAAAACCCCCAAGCCCAGACAAUCACCUUGGCCCCCAUGCAGGGAGUGUCGCUGGGGCAGACGGGCAGCACCAGCACCACGCUCACCCCCAUCGCCUCCCUCCCCAGCGGCACUGUCACGGUCAACGCUGCUCAGCUCUCCUCCAUGCCAGGCCUCCAGACUAUUAACCUCAGUGCCUUGGGAGCGUCUGGGAUCCAGGUGCAUCAGCUGCAAGGGCUGCCGCUGGCCAUAGCAAACACUGCUGGCGACCACGGUGCUCAGCUGGGCCUUCACGGCACGAGCGGAGAUGGGCUCGGAGAUGAGAAUACGGCUGUGGAGGAAGGAGAGACCAGCCCCGAUCCACAGCCCCAGCAAGGCCGGAAAGUGCGGAGGGAAGCGUGUACCUGCCCCUACUGCAAAGACAGCGAGGGAAGGAGCUCUGGGGAUCCAGGUAAAAAAAAGCAGCACAUCUGCCACAUCCCUGGCUGUGGGAAGGUGUAUGGCAAAACCUCUCACCUCCGGGCUCACCUGCGAUGGCACACCGGAGAGAGACCUUUCGUGUGCACCUGGAUCCUGUGUGGGAAGCGUUUCACCCGGAGCGAUGAGCUGCAGCGGCACAAGCGCACGCACACAGGAGAGAAGAAAUUCGCCUGCCCCGAGUGCCCCAAACGCUUCAUGCGGAGUGACCACCUCUCCAAGCACAUCAAGACCCACCAGAACAAGAAGGGAGGCACGGCCAACAACGUGGCCAUGAACGUCUCCGCCGUCCCCAUGGACACGGGGGCCUCCGGCGAGGGCAACGGCGGGCCCACGCCCUCGGCCCUCAUCGCCACCAACAUGGUGGCCAUGGAAGCCAUCUGCCCCGAGGGCAUCGUUAUUUUCAUCUUUUUCCAGAAAUCAUCAUAUAAAAAAUAA